AUGACUGGUGUUUCCGUUAGAGACGUUCCCGCUCAGAAGUUCAUUGAGGCUUACGCUUCUUUCCUCAAGCGACAGGGUAAGCUUGAGGUCCCCGGCUACGUUGAGAUCGUCAAGACCUCUGCCGGCAACGAGCUCCCUCCCCAGGAUGCUGAGGGAUGGUUCUACAUGCGAGCUGCCUCCAUUGCCCGACACAUCUACCUGCGAAAGGAGGUUGGUGUUGGCAAGCUCAACAAGCUCUACGGUGGUGCUAUCAACCGUGGCCAGCGACCUUCUCACCACAAGGACGCCUCCGGCUCCGUCAACCGACGUGCUCUGCAGGCUCUUGAGAAGCUUGGUGUCCUUGAGGCCGGUCUCAAGGGUGGCCGACGAAUCUCCGAGAACGGACAGCGAGAUCUUGACCGAAUCGCCGCCCAGACUCUCGAGGAGGAGGAGGAUGACGAGUAA